AAAGCGAAUCGAAGCGAGGAAAGUACACCGCAUUUUUCGCAACAAAACUCGUGUGCUGCUGGCUGCGGAUAGUGCCGAAAAUUUCCGAUAAAGUGCAUUUCGUUUGCGAAAUUCCAACCGGUGAACAUUGUGUAAACGGUGCCCCGUUAGUGUAUCCCGAUUGAACUAUGUCCGAAGCAGCCGGAGAAAAUCUAUCGAAGAAUGAGCUCAAGCGCCGUUUGAAGGCCGAGCAGAAAGUCAAGGAGAAGGAGGAAAAAGCAGCUAGUGCUCCGGCAGGGGACAAGCCCAACAAUGAAGCCAAAGUCAACGAGGAGGAAAUUACGCCGAAUGACUACUUCAAGUUACGCAGUGCUGCCGUGACGGAAUUGAAGAAAUCGGAAGCCACCCAUCCGUAUCCGCACAAGUUCCAUGUUAGCUGUUCGCUGGAAUCGUUUAUCGAAAAGUACUCCGAGCUUAAGGAUGGCGAUAUGCUGGAACAGGAGAGUCUUUCCGUGGCCGGUAGAAUUCACGCAAUCCGUGAAUCGAGUGGUAAAUUAAUUUUCUACGAUUUGAGAGGCGAGGGCAUGAAGCUGCAGGUGAUGGCCAACGCCAGGCUGUACGAAAGUGAGGCUACCUUUGCUGAGGACACUGCCCGCCUGCGUCGUGGUGACAUCGUUGGGGUCGAGGGGUACCCGGGAAAGACCAAGAAGGGCGAACUUUCGGUGGUUCCCAAGAAGUUGAAACUGCUGUCGCCGUGUCUGCAUAUGCUGCCGCAUUUGCAUUACGGUUUGAAGGACAAGGAAACGCGCUUCCGGCAGCGGUAUCUGGAUAUGAUCAUCAACAGUAACGUGAGGGAUAUUUUCUAUGUCCGCUCGAAGAUCAUCAGCUUCGUGCGACAAUUCCUGGACGGUAUGGGUUUCCUCGAAGUGGAAACGCCCAUGAUGAACAUGAUCGCCGGAGGAGCAACCGCUAAGCCCUUCAUCACCCACCACAACGACCUGAACAUGAACCUGUUUCUGAGAAUCGCUCCGGAACUAUACCUGAAGAUGUUGACCGUCGGAGGGCUGGAUCGUGUUUACGAAAUCGGUCGACAGUUCCGUAACGAAGGUAUUGAUUUGACUCAUAAUCCGGAAUUCACGACGUGCGAGUUCUAUAUGGCCUACGCGGAUUAUAACGACUUGAUGGACUUGACGGAGAACAUGCUCGCCGGAAUGGUCAAGAGCAUCCACGGAAGCUACAAGAUCAAAUACCAUCCGGAAGGACCGGACGGCAAGGAGUUUGAAAUCGAUUUUACCCCUCCUUUCAAGCGCGUCUCGAUGAUCAGUUCGUUGGAGGAAAUUCUAAAGGUCAAGUUCCCGGCCGCGGACAGUUUCAGCACUACGGAAACGAACAAAUUCCUGAGCGAUCUGUGUAUCAAACACGAAGUAGAGUGUCCAUCACCGAGGACCACAGCUCGGCUGUUGGACAAAUUGGUCGGUGAAUUCCUCGAGGAAAACUGCAUUAAUCCGACGUUCAUCUGCGAUCACCCGCAGAUCAUGUCUCCACUGGCCAAGUACCAUCGAAGUGCCACCGGUCUGACCGAACGUUUCGAACUGUUUAUCAUGAAGAAGGAAAUCUGCAACGCAUACACGGAGUUGAACGAUCCGGCCGUCCAGCGGGAACGGUUCGAGCAGCAGGCCGCCGACAAGGCUGCCGGUGACGAUGAAGCUCAGAUGGUCGACGAGAACUUCUGUACGGCACUGGAGUACGGUCUGCCACCGACCGGCGGUUGGGGUAUGGGUAUCGAUCGGUUGACCAUGUUCCUUACCGAUAACAAUAACAUUAAGGAGGUGCUGCUCUUCCCCGCUAUGAAGCCGGACGAUCCGAAUAGAAGCCAGCAGCCGGAGGAGACUGCGGAAGGUACCAAGUAAGUACGCUUCGGUUUAAUAGUGCUCCUUCGUCGAAUUUGCCGUUCCCCUUACGAGGCGGUAAUGGAUGGU